AUGCCUUCUUUCGCGAAGAUCAGUUUCACUCUGCUUGCUGCCAUCCAGCUGGUGGCAGGAGCGACUUACACCCUGACUGACAAUUACGACCAAGCCAACUUUUUCGACAAUUUCGACUUCUUCUCUGAGGCUGACCCAACCAAUGGCUUCGUCCAGUACCAAAACAGAAUCAAUGCUGCCUCCCAGGGACUGGCGGGCUUCCACAAAGACAUGAUCUACGUGGGCAGCGACCACAAGACCGUGGACCCUGCGAAUGGACGUGCCAGUACGCGCAUUAACAGCAAGAAGACCUACACCCAAAUGCUCCUCGUGGCAGAUGUUGUGCACAUGCCAGUCGGAUGCGGCACCUGGCCUGCUCUGUGGACCUAUAAUGCGGACUGGCCGAACAAGGGCGAGAUCGACAUCAUUGAAGGCGUCAACAGCCAGCAGUCCAACCAAGUGACUCUCCACACAGCCGCUGGUUGCACCAUGACCAAGGGGAACACUGUUGAUGGCACGGAACUGAGCGAGACUGGAGACUGCAACGCCGGCAGUGGUGGGACUGGCUGCCCCCAAACGACCAACAGCACCAGCAACUUUGGCAAAGGCUUGAAUGCUCAAGGCGGUGGCGUUUAUGCCAUGCUCUGGGAUAACGAGGCCAUCUCGGUGUGGUUCUUCCCCAGGAACAGCACGAUGCAGAACAGGAUCACGUCCUCGAACUCGACUAUUGACCCUACCACGUUCGGAACUCCCCUGGCCAGCUUCGUGGGAGGAAGCACUUGCAACAUCGAAAACACCUUCAAAGAGCACUGGAUUACCAUCAAUACUGAUUUCUGUGGUCAAUGGGCUGGCCUCAAAUGGUCCGAGGAUGCCGAGUGCGCUGCGAAGGCAGCCACCUGCGAGGAAUACGCGGCUCAAGACCCCAACGCGUUCGUAGACGCAUACUGGCUCUUCAACUCGAUCAAAGUCUACUCAAAGUCCGGCAGCACAGGAACCCCCACCCCAACAACAACAGGCUUCGGAGGUGCUCCCACGGCUUAUGCGAAGAGAGGCAUGCGCUUCAUGCCACGCGAGUACCACGCCUAA